AUGUCUAUGGUGGAUACACAAUUUCAGAGAAGUACAUGCUACAGUGCUUUGCCUGUAAAUCAGCCUGUGACUAAAACCUUUCAAGAUAAAGAAAAUAAUCAAAAACGACAACCUCUUGGAAACAUAACAAAUGCACAAGAAAGCAAGACCAGCUACUUAAAGGAGAAUAUUGGUUUAUCGCGGAUUGCCAAUAAAACAUUCUCAUAUGAUACUAAUCAAACAUUAGUCAUGGACAGAGUUAAUGAAGAGCUGUAUAGUCUUCCUGUAACAAGCACAGCAUUAAGGGAUAAUAGACAUGCAAGAAAGUCUACAAGAUUAUCAACCAAACAGAGUAUCAACAGUGCAAUGCUGAGGAAAGUUUCACUCAAGUCAGAUUCUAGUAGAAGCUCUUCUCUAUUCUUUGACAUUGAAAGAAAUGGAACAAAUUCUUUAAAUUGUGAGAGUAUUAGCAGCACUGCUAAUAUUUCCAAUAACGACUCUUCACCUGUCCUAAGGUUUCCUAAACUGAGAAUAGAGCCACAUUCAAGGAAUGAUGGUAAUAAAUCAAAAGAAAAUGUUGAAUUGAGAACUUCAGAUAAUACAUUGGUACAAAUAGAAAAGAGUUUAGGACAAGAAAAGAGCCAAAUGCGAAGGUCUUCAAGAAGAUCAGCAAUUAAAGCAACUCAGCUAAACUUUGAGAUCCUGAAUGGAGAAAGUCCUGUCACAAACAUGAACAAGACUCGAAGGUCAUCACUUGCUACUACAAAGAAAUACAAAGGAAAUAAGAGUGUUCUUGCUGACAAGACAAUGGAAAAUUGGGUGCUAACGGUGAGCCCACGGUUACAACAAAAACACAACAGUGAGGUUCUUGACAUCCUCAACACUGGCACUUUGAUGAGACUGCAACAGCUGCCUACUGUUGGUCCCAAAACUGCUAUGGUGAUACACAAUUUCAGAGAGCUCUGUGGCCCAUUUAGUUCAUUUGAAGAGUUGCAAAAUGUGCCUGGCCUUUCUUGUGGCCAGUACACACGGUUUAUGAAGGCUAACUUGGUUACCCACUCCUCUUCCUAGUUAUCUGCUGCAUAACCUACACUAGAAAUUUCCAUAUUCCUAUUUUGCUGAUAUCAUCACUUUAGAGUUAAUCUUAAUUUUGGUUCACUAAUAUUUUGUAAAUAGUAGUUGUGUUUUUGAGUGUCACUUCAAUAUUUGUGUUACAUCUCUUGUAAAUAUCUUUUCUGAAUUUGAGUGUAAUUCUUUUUUUGAGACUGCAAUAUAUUUUUUUUUUUUUUCAACAAGUCGGCCAUCUCCCACCGAGGCAGGGUGACCCAAAAAAGAAAGAAAAUCCCCAAAAAGAAAAUGCUUUCAUCAUCAUUCAACACUUUCACCACACUCACACAUUAUCACUGUUUUUGCAGAGGUGCUCAGAAUACAACAGUUUAGAAGCAUAUACGUAUAAAGAUACACAACAUAUCCCUCCAAACUGCCAAUAUCCCAAACCCCUCCUUUAAAGUGCAGGCAUUGUACUUCCCAUUUCCAGGACUCAAGUCCGACUAUAUGAAAAUAACCGGUUUCCCUGAAUCCCUUCACUAAAUAUUACCUUGCUCACACUCCAACAGAUCGUCAGGUCCCAAGAACCAUUCGUCUCCACUCACUCCUGUCUAACACACUCACGCACGCUUGCUGGAAGUCCAAGCCCCUCGCCCACAAAACCUCCUUUACCCCCUCUCUCCAACCCUUUCGAGCGACGCCCUACCUCGCCUUCCUUCCCCUAUAGAUUUAUAUGCUUUCCAUGUCAUUCUACUUUGAUCCAUUCUCUCUAAAUGACCAAACCACCUCAACAACCCUUCUUCUGCCCUCUGACUAAUAUUUUAUUAACUCCACACCUUUUCCUAAUUUCCACACUCCGAAUUUUCUGCAUAAUAUUUGCACCACACAUUGCCCUUCGACAGGACAUCUCCACUGCCUCCAACCGUCUCCUCGCUGCUGCGUUUACCACCCAAGCUUCACAACCAUAUAAGAGUGUUGGUACUACUAUACUUUCAUGCAUUCCCUUCUUUGCCUCCAUAGAUAACGUUUUUUGACUCCACAUAUACCUCAAUGCACCACUCACCUUUUUUCCCUCAUCAAUUCUAUGAUUAACCUCAUCCUUCAUAAAUCUAUCCGCCGACACGUCAACUCCCAAGUAUCUGAAAACAUUCACUUCUUCCAUACUCCUCCUCCCCAAUUUGAUAUCCAAUUUUUCUUUAUCUAAAUCAUUUGAUACCCUCAUCACCUUACUCUUUUCUGUGUUCACUUUCAACUUUCUACCUUUACACACAUUCGAAUUCACGUGUGACAAAUUAUGUAUACAGUGGGAAUUACUUAAUGUGUUUACUUUGAUGUAAGAACACCAGGAAGAUGGGAAUUGUAAUGAAAGGAUGUAAGAUGAAUGAGAGAUUUAGAUGUUAGAUAGUCAUUUUUUUUUUCCACAAUUAGUUUUUUUUUUUUUU